UGUAUCUUGCUUUCUCAUAAAAAACCUCUCCUCAGAAUGUAUGUUCUUCAUGGCGCUAAUGAAAGGCCACAGUUCCUUCAAAAUGUUUUCUUCUUACAUUUGGGUCCAAAAAUCUAUCGACAAGCCAAAACCAUGGCCACCAACACUUUCUCUCUCUUCAUAUUUGGCUUCAGCAUUCAUUCGUCGCAGAAAUCAUGGAGUAUGGCUAGUUUUGCUGGUGUUUUGUGCGAGCUUCAGCAUUUUCAGGUUCGGUUUCUCGCAAAAACCACCGAUGGCCGGUUGCUCUAACGACGACGGUGGUUUCUUCUUCAAUGGAGAGGACGACUCUCGGUUAGAGAGAGAGUCUUCGGCUGGUUGGCCCUGGAGAGAGAGAAUUGGCGAAAUUGAAGAGAGAGAAGGGUUUUGGAAACAGCCUGAUGGACUUGGUUACAGGCCGUGUUUGAAUUUCAGCGAGGAGUACAAGGAGGAUUCCGAGCCGGUUUCGGGGGAGCGAAAGAGGAGGAGGGGAAAGUAUUUGAUGGUGGUGGUCUCGGGUGGUUUAAACCAGCAGAGGAACCAAAUUGUGGAUGCCGUUGUAAUAGCAAGAAUACUGGAGGCCACGCUUGUUGUCCCCAUACUGCAACUUAAUGCUAUUUGGGGAGAUGACAGCGAAUUCUCAGACAUAUUCGAUGAGGCGCACUUCAAGCGCACCCUCAGAAACCAUGUUCGUGUGGUCUCAUCCCUUCCCUCCAAUCGCUUAAGAAUUCGCCCUGUCGCCGACCAGCUUGCCUCUUCCAAUGUCGACGAUAACUGGAUUAAAGCGCAUUACCUCGACCCUAUCCAGAAAAGAGGCAUACUGCUCCUCCGUGGGCUCGAUUCCAGGCUCUCCAAGGACCUGCCCUCUCAUCUACAAAAGCUUCGUUGCAAGGUUGCCUUUCACGCUCUCAAGUUCAGGGCUGAAAUAGAGGAGAUGGGGAGGAAGCUGGCGGAGAGAAUGGGCAGUGAGGGGCCGUACCUGGCCCUUCACCUCAGGCUUGAAAAGGAUGUGUGGGUGCGAACCGGUUGCUCCCCUCGGCUGGGUGAGGAGCUCGACCGGAUUGUAGAAAGGGAGAGGAUAGCACACCCUGAGCUCCUCACCUCCCGCACCAACCUCACCUCCCACCGCCGCUACCUCGAGGGACUCUGCCCCCUCAUUGCAAUGGAAACAACCAGGUUGCUGAAAGCAUUAGGUGCAUCAAGGAGUACAAGAAUAUACUGGGCUGGGGGGCAUCCCUUUGGGGGCAAAAGAGCCUUAGAGCCAUUGCGCUCCAACUUCCCCAUCAUCCACAACAAGCGAACCCUCGCCACCCUCGAUGAACUCCGGCCCUUCGAGGGCAAGGCCUCUGCAAUGGCCGCUCUCGACUACAUUGUCUCCCUUAGCAGUACAGUCUUCAUGGCCAACCAUGGAGGCAACAUGGCCCGUGCAUUACAGGGGCACCGUGCUUAUUUGGGGCACAGGAAGCACAUUACCCCAAACAAGCGGGGCAUGGUGGCCACCCUCAACACCAAUAUUAGCACCUGGGGGUUGAGGGACGCGGACAUGGAUGAGAUUCUGAGGAACUUGCACGUUAAUUCGUUAGGCUCCCCUUUGCUUCGCACAGACAAAGCUGCGAGAGAUGUCAUCGCUUUCCCGGUGCCAGACUGCAUGUGUAGGAGAUAGGCAAGUUUUAGGCAGCAGGGAAGCUUUAGGAGAAAAGCAAAGGCAGAUCAUUGCAGCACUCACCCUUUGGAAGGAAUGGGAGGAGAACAAGAACAUGGAACAUCAGAGCACUCACUUGAAGUUUCGUCAAUGGAGUUGCUAGGCGACAUUGCAUGAUGCCAAAGGAUGAUAGCAAAAAAAUUGAGAUAGGAUCACUGUGUUUGUUUCGUUUACAGGGUAGAUUUUAGGGUUGGACCUAUCUUGCUACCUGUUUAUUUGUGUGUAUAUACAUGUAUAUGUAGAAGCAUUUGUUUUAAACAUGAAUACAUCAUCAUGGAAAUCUUUCAAAGUGGCCAA